CUCUCAUUGCUUCAGAGAAGAGGCUCGUCAGGUGCAAAUUCUAAAUACUUUGUUGUAAUUGUAAAAACACGCAUAAGUCAUCUAAAAUUGUCCGAUGAUCUUGAGGUUAAGGAAAGAUAAUAAAGGUGUUAAUCAAUCAAAGUAUUACAGGUUUGUACAAAUUAGAAACGCUUCCUUCCAUAAAGAACGCUUGAAGGUAGGUCACAUGACACAUCUAACUACAUCGAGAGACAAAAUGUUCAUAUUCUUUCUAAAUGGUCAGAUGUGAAGACAGUAAGGAUGCUAUGUUUAAAGAAUACUGAGGCCUUUAGUAGCACAUGCAGUAACAUCUUAAGCUGUUGAAUGUACCAAAAUUCACCCUGUAGUGAACUCAUCUUUAUACACAGGCCUGUACCUUUGACUUAUCUGUAAUCAGUAAUCAUUGGUGUCAUAUGGCCAAGCGGCUGGGAGGCGAAUUGAGGAAAAACACUUAAUAAGGUAGAGCGUUUAAAAAAAAAAACACUUUCCUAUAUCAAUACUCACAAUCCAAAUCCAACCAAUCAAAUCCAAUAACCUCCAACUCCAAACUCCAGUUCUUAACAACUCUCAACCACCUCUUGUCAUGACGUUCUCCUCAGGAUGGGAAUCCCACUUUUGACGGUUUUUAUUGAUAAAAAAAGAACCCUUAGUAAUAAAACCACCACAAUUUUUUUCAGUAGCUUUCAGCCACAUUCCAUGGUCAAAGGCAACAAUUCCACUGACUGAUGAAGCUCAUGAGAUAUAAAUGAAAGCUGGACCUUGAACUAAGAUUAUUUUGUGAAAUACUAUUGACAGUGUCAAGAGUUAACUUUUAACUUUGUUCGAUUAUCAAAACUAUCUAAAGAAAUGAUAAACCUUUUUCAUCCAGUAACUCAUCGUGGUCCUGAGAGGAUGGGACAUAUUGUUUCAAAGAGAUGCACCAAUCCGAUCAGCUGGAUUGAUAUUUGAGGCCUCAAUUACUACACCAACAUGAUCUCAGUACUCUCAACACAGUGUACAAAAACAUCAAAGCUCCUGCAUCAGAUUAGAAGUUAGUCCUGGGAGAGAAAACAUUUGAAUGGUGGCUUCCUAAUUUUCCCAAUACUGACCAAACUGCAGUGUUACUGGGAAGAUUAGUUUUGGCACAAGUGAUAUUUUUCAACAAAAUCUCCCAUGUCAGGAUUUAGAGGAGUCCCCCAAACCCCCAAAUCAACACAUGAAGCUCCUCUUUCUACCUGUUCCUCUUGCUCUUAUUCUCCUCCCACUCCAUUCAUUUGCUUCCGUCCAGCCAGCCUCCCCUGAGUCCACUCUGCCUUCACCUCUGCAUCACAAGCACCGCUCAAUAUCCAGCCAGGGCAACAGAGAGCCUGGCAGCGAGCCCCAGUUGUGGCCGGUGGGCAUGGUUUUGGAGGGUAGCUCAGAGGCGCUGUGUCCCCCCCCAUCUCUGGAGCUGCGCCCAUCCUGCAACAAGAGCCAGCCCUCACCUCCUCUGGGCUCAAGCUCACAACCCCACGACGGAGUCUUCCCUGAGGACAAGGAGCCCGUCAAGUACGGCGAGCUCAUCGUCUUAGGACAUAAUGGGUCACUGGCCAAUGGGGACAAGGGUCGCAGAAGAAGUCGCCUGGCCCUCUAUAAGAGACCUAAAGCCAACGGGGUCAAACCUGAUGUUAUCCACAAUGUUUCAACCCCUCUGGUGUCAAAGGCACUCAGCAACAAAAGCCAGCACAGCAUCUCCUACACACUGUCACGGAGCCACUCUGUCAUUGUGGAGUACACCCAUGACACCAACACAGACAUGUUUCAGAUUGGCCGGUCCACAGAGAGCAUGAUCGACUUUGUGGUGACGGACACGGCGGGUAGUGGUAGCGGUCAGGGCGGUGGCGCAGCAGGGGAAGGUGGCGGUGGCGGAGGCCAGUCAGCCCAGAGCACCAUUUCCCGCUACGCCUGCCGCAUCAUGUGUGAACGCAGCGCUCCCUACACGGCCCGUAUCUAUGCUGCCGGCUUCGACUCCUCCAAGAAUAUCUUCCUGGGGGAGCGGGCUGCCAAAUGGAGGACAUCAGAUGGCUUGAUGGACGGCCUGACCACAAACGGGGUGCUGGUGAUGCACCCGGCGGGGGAAUUUGUGUCUGAGCCAGCUCCGGGUGUCUGGAGGGAAAUCUCAGUCUGUGGAAACGUCUUCGCCCUGAGGGAGACUCGCUCUGCCCAGCAGAGGGGAAAACUGGUUGAAAAUGAGUCAAACACCCUCCAGGAUGGUUCUCUGAUUGAUCUGUGUGGGGCUACCCUGCUGUGGAGGACCCCUGCCGGACUGCGCCACACCCCCACCCUCAAACAGCUGGAGUCCCUUCGCCAGGAGCUGAACGCCGCCCGGCCUCAGUGUCCCGUGGGUUUCAACACUCUGGCCUUCCCCAGUUUGGCCCAGCGUGAGAUCGUUGACAAGAAGCAGCCCUGGGUCUACGUCAAUUGCGGUCACGUACACGGCUACCACAACUGGGGCUAUCGCAAAGACAAGGGUCCCGUCGGCCCUGGAGGCACAGCACCAGCCAGCACCGGAGAGAGGGAGUGCCCCAUGUGCCGGCGAGUGGGCCCCUAUGUGCCGCUGUGGCUGGGCUGUGAGGGAGGAUUGUAUCUGGAUGCCGGGCCGCCCACUCAUGCUUUCUGCCCCUGUGGCCAUGUAUGCUCAGAAAAGACAGUGGUGGGGUGGAGCCAGAUCCCGUUACCCCACGGCACCCAUGCCUUCCAUGCUGCCUGCCCCUUUUGUGGUACCUGGUUGACAGGGGAGCAGGGCCACAUCAAACUCAUCUUCCAAGGCCCUGUCGACUGAAGCUCAGAGCACUCAGAGGAAAGUGGAGGUGGAUUGGACAGAGGUGGAUGUGCUGAGUUAAGACUGUGUGCUAGAACAAAAAUCUGGACACUCAAGUGUGGGAUGAAAGAGAAAGCACUGAUGAGACAUACAAGAAAAGGACUGUUGACAUGAUGCAAUAGUAGAUUGCCAAGGGUUCAAAUGGAAUAUGAGGUGUAUGGAGAAUAUGUAAAUAAAUUGUGUUGAAAUGAA